GAAUUUAAAAUCGCAUUUUCGCUGUCAUGUCCAGAAGUAUUAUCAUCUUUGCCCUGGCAUUGCUGGUUUCUAUUGGCGCCCAACCAGUAAGCUAUCAGGAAAUGGAAUCUCCGACCACGAUUACCACCAGGCGACCCAAUCUCGUCAUCGAGGAGAUGGAACCCAUGAGGUAUCACUUCGUCACCGAGCAUCGACCCACUUCACUGGGCCAGAACUACUAUCUAAAACCAGGACAACUAGUGGGAUCAGUAGAGCUGGACUCGGACAUCCUUAAGGUGCGACACGACCAGGAUAAUGGCAAGCCGGUUUCCAGCAAGCACAACAUCCUAUUUGUGGCCUACGCCAAGGACCCAGUUGAAAAACCUGGCUCCGAAACUAAUAAUUAUUAAGGAAUUGAUGGUAUAAUAAUAAAAUUUAAAAGAUUACAUUCACAUUUUUAAAGACACUUUGAAAAUUAAAAUAAAUCUGAUGUUAGUACAGUUGCAAAAGAACUACCCCUAUAUCAAAAA